UACUUUUUCUAUUUUCUAGAACUCCAACCACUCAACACCAGACUGCCAGUAUGGAGAUGUCCAGUACAACGCUGCUGCCCAUGGUCGGCCUCAGGUCAAUGGCCCAGUCAGCAGGACUUGCGGAGAUUGCUGUCAGGCUGUGCUUGAACCAACGUAAACAACUGUGUCCUCAUGUUUGGGUUCCCAUCCUGAAGCCCCAGCGCCCUUGCAUCCGUCCUCCAAUUUCAGAUCAGCUAUCCUCUGACAUCUUAAGCCAGGCCUAUCGGACCCACCCGUUCCCAUCUCUCUUCAAUCACUUGUACGACGAUGAUGAUGAUGAUGAUGAUGAUGUUUUGCUCCCAAUCAAGAACAAACACGUGAUUUUCGCUGACUCUCGAGGAUUAUCUCUAACAACCGUGCGGGUGUUUUCAGAUGAAGAGCAGCAGUCUGACCUUGACCUACUGCCGUCGCUGCAGGGUUUGGGGAGCAUGACGGAGUACGGCUACAGCUGCACCGUCAGCACCUGCUGCCCAGGAACGCGGCUCAAACUGGGCUUCCCGCAGCCUUCUGCAGAUUUCCAGGCCUUUCGUGCCAAGCUGGCAGAGAGCAUGGUUAUCCUGGAGAACUGCAGUGUUACUGAACAGGCCCUUCAAGGUACCGUGCGAGUCAGGAACAUCAGUUUCCAGAAGGAAGUGCAAAUACGCAUCACCUUCGACUCCUGGCUGAGCUACAGAGAUGUGUCCUGUACGUACCUGCAGAAACGCUUCGGAGGGCCUCAGACAGACAUCUUUGAAUUUGACAUCGCCAUUCCUAAAGUGCUGGAUGCCAAAAGGAAGAUAGAAUUCUGUUUAAGUUAUUUACCGGGAGGCCAUAGCGAGCCUCUUUGGGACAAUAACAACAGACAGAAUUACAGCAUUUCUGUGUGCGUGAGCUCGCAUCUCUGUUGCGGGAAGAAUCCAAGUGAAAGGUCAUGACUCACUCGAGCUAAAAUUAUCCAGACGACAACACAUGGGAUAUAUUUUUAUUACAUUUGAAUUUAUUUUCAUAAAUGUUCAUGACAUCUUAGUAUGUGCUUUGUAUAUAAAAAUUCUUUGAAACAGAUUGUUGUAUUCAGUUUUCUUUAUAGUUUUCUCUCACAUUCAGUUUGAAAUAGGUGAGCCUUUGUUCUUUCAGCGCACACGCUCUUGUCAUGUCCUACAUUCUGGCCACUCGUCAGUGCAUGCAUUACUGUUGUGCACCAGAGAUGGGAUCCCUUUCACUUUAGGCAUUUCACGGAUUUCCAUAUAGGUCAGAGAUUAUUGGGCAGACACUGAAGCUAAUCUUAGCUCAGCCCUGUUUGCAGAGCAGAGGCUUGCUGUCAGAUUCUGAUCGUAGGGAACUUUGUGAUACAACCUUCUUUCUGUAACGCCCUGCUUUCAUCUUCACAAUGCAACAUAUAUCCUGCAACAUUUAGACACUGAGCUACAAUUUCCAAAUCAUAACUCUACAGUGAACUCCAUAAGAAGCAUUUGGCAGGAGCGCUGACAACUGGAGUCAAAGAUUGGAUGUUUGGCAAUAAUCCUUUUUUUUUUUUUUUUAAAGGAUAAAGAACAUCUGGCAGCUUUUUUAGAGAAAUCAUCACAAGAAGUAAAUGUAGCUAAAUAUUUUGUUAUGACCUGUUGUGUUUUAAAAGGGGUAUGCUUCUAGCGUUUGCAUGUUCAGGUUGUAUCAAACACAAAUUUCUUUAAGAGAAACCACAUCACACUAGUGGAACGGUUUAACAAAAAGAUAAUAUCAAACACAUCUUAAGGGGAAAAAAUGUAAAUUUGAAAGAAGGAAAAGAUAUUCAUGAAAUGACACCAGAGAGCACAGAAGUCUCUCAACAAGUAAGGAGCAACUAUUUUCCAGCCAUCUAAAGUCUAUCAUGUCUUCAAUUAUGUUUUGUUCAGCAGCCAUGGAUGGACGUUUACUGUUUCCAGCUGUGCUCAUGAUGAAGUUCUGCGAUACACAUUGUAAAAGUCUUCUAUUUAAUACUCACUAUUCUAGUCCAGGCAGGAGGGAAGAGGGGUAGCAGCAUGCACGCACCCCGAGAGGUGGGCUGUUUCCAAUGUGUUGACCUACACAUGAUGGUCUCAAAUGUUUUGUCUUGUGCAACACCGUCUUUCGAUAUUGCAGGCUCACACACUCCCAGGUCUGUCCUACAUCUCAGCGUCCCACACUGAUGUUGCACACUUUGCAGCUCGGGUCUUUCUUGGCGUUGGCUGUUGUCAGACUCAUGAGCUGGUGGUGCCCACUGAUCUGCUCCACGCUGCCCUGUUCCAAGGGAACCGGCUCUGUGAAAAGCACCUCAAGGAUGACAUCACUGGCGUGGCAGUACAGAGGCUCCUCCCCCGGCCUCUGGGGGGCAGUGUAUGUCAGGAAGGGGUUGGAGGCCAAGUCCAGCAUAGGGAGGCGAGUGCGACAGAAGGUAUCUCCCUCUGAGCCAACAGGGGCCAGCACCAGCACCACGUAGUGGUAGGCUGUGUACAUACAGUAGAAGUCUGCAAAGUACAGGGAGAUGUUGGGGUUCAGCAGGUGUCCAGCUGGGAUCUGGAAACGCAAGGGGCCAUAAGGGGAGUCUCUGGGAGGGAGGCCUGUAUCGAACUCUGUGUUGCAGCUGAAGAAGACUCCCUGCAGUUUGCCAUUGAUAGGAGAACCAUGACUCCCACUGAUGUCUUUUAGGGCUGGACGCAUCAGGCCUCCACAUUCCCUACUAAUCCAAUAUAUGAAGACAGAAAAAGGAGCAUUAUUAUUAUUUAUUAGUAAAAAAUGUCUUGCGGUAGCUUCCUACUUACCGUACAAACUUGAGAAUGGUUUAAUUGCUGCUGGAAUUGCUUUAGAUAUACAAUUAAAAGAUAAGAAUGCAGCACUGACCUGACAUUGUCGAAGUAGUCUGGGUGCUGGUUGCGGUAAAACACAGAGAACUUUAGCAGCCUCACUGCAGAGCCCUUGGCCUUGUCAAGAAGCUGCUGUAAGUGUUCCAUGGCAUAGUCUGCAAAAUUGGGUAAAAUGCUAAUGAGUACCCUGUGCUGACACAGAAUAUUAGUUUUUUAUUACUUUGGUUAAUGCUCUCAUACUCUAUACAUUAUUAGUGUUACAGGCAUGUUAUGUCAUACCCCCGGUGCAGAACUCCACCACUUGGCUCCACUCUGAAACCAGGUAGUCACCGUCUGGCUGUCGGAUUGCAGUUUGGACAGCAACACAGUACAAUGUCCGUGGGCUGAGGAACCAGUGUCCCCUCACUGCCAUGGGGAGAGGUACAGCCUUGGCCACCAGCUUGGUUGGUACAUCCUGGAGGACAAGGAAGGAAGGAGUUGACAUCAGGGACAGGAUGCAAGGCUAACAGACCGCUGGGUUUUUUUAUUUACAUUUCAAAACAAAUGUAAAUGCUAUUGUUUAGUCAACCAUUUCCCUCUAUGAAGUUUGCCUUAUUAGCAUCAUAUUCCACUUCAAGCCCAAGCUGCUGUAACUAGGAUACAUCUAAUCAAAUCAACAGCUUUGUUUUGGCCAACGCCUCUAAGAAGCACAGCUAAUUACUAAAGGCUCAGAGGCCCAUAUAUCCAUGACAACAUCCCUGAUGCAAGUUUGUUUGUGCCACUUUGUGCAUCAGAGAGAGAGCAUUACUUGCAUUCAGGAACAACUCUCUCAGAACUACCCCCCCGCCUUGACUUCACAAAAGCACUGAGCUUUUGAAUUGUUCACUGCAAUGAUAGGCCAUGAUUACAGUCAGUAUUCUGCAUCUGAAAUGAACGAAGAUCAGAAAUGUUAGACUUUAGCUACU